AUGGCUGCAGCGACGAGAUCGCAUCCAGACCUCCUGGCGUCGUCGUCUCCUGGACCUGGAGAAGUCGUUGCUGACCAUCAGGCCCUCCCGUACAUCCCUGACGACUUGAUCCUGGCCAUCCUUCGACGGCUCCCCGCCAAGUCCGUCCUCCGGUUCAGGUGCGUCAGCAAGGCCUGGCUCGCCAUGCUCUCGAGCCGGAGCUUCGUGGACGCGCACCUCGAGUUCUCCGCCGCCGCGCGGCCGACGAUGCUCAUAGUGCCCGGCAAGUACCACCUGUUAGACCCUCGUCGUCUGAGGACGGCCUUCUGGAUGGGGUUCUACAAGUACACCAGCGGCGGCGCCGACACCGAGCUGCUUCAUGGCGAGCGCUUCCCCGGCGGCGUCGCGUCAUGGUUCAAGCCUAUGCACUGCGACGGCCUGAUCCUCGUCUACACGCGACACCAGGAGCUAAUGGUCUGCAACCCAGCGACAAGGGAGUUCGUCCAGCUGCUCAGGGAAACCGAGCGAGACUGCCUGAGCUGUCUUCAUGAUGCGGUUGGGUUUGGCCGGGACCCACGCAGCAACACGUACAAGGUGGUGAGGCUGUUCUAUUCAAGCGAACACGGCGGCGGGCUGGUGAAUGUCUUCUCCUGCAGGGCUGAGGUGCUCACGCUGGGAACCAAUCAACAAUGGCGGCGGGUCGCCACUCCGCCGCGCCUCUUCAACCCGCACCCGGCUCCCGUCCAUGUCAGCGGCUUCAUCUACUGGUCUGACGUCUCUGAUCCCAACAACUUGGUGCUGCUCCGCUUCAACUUAGCCACCGAGACGUUCGCCGCGACGCCGUACCCUCCUUGCAAAUUGCCGGGCCAUGCCUGCUUGGCAGAAUGGGAGGGUGAGUUGUGCUGCUUCUGGGUUCCCGCACCGGCUGAGUUGGUGGAGAUCUGGACCUGCGAUGGCAAGGCGGAUGCGCCGACGUGGACUCGGCGCAUCAGUGUUCGGCUUCCAACAGACACCAUCACACCUGGCCUCGCAUAUGCUCAGGGACCACCCACGGUUACUUUUCAUGGCAAGGAUAUGCUUCUGAGAGGUUGCCGUAAGCUUUACCGGUACAGCGUAGAAACUGAAGAGAUGAAAAGGGUUGCUGUUGCAGUUGAGGAUCUCAAGUACGAUCGCCCGGUGGACAGCGAUUACCUGCAGAAAAUUUCGGGUGAGAAGGUGGAGGCAACAGCUUUCCAUGUUGUCAACUAUGCGGAGAGUCUUGUGCGGAUCAGGGGAAGCAGCACUGACACCCUGAAGCCACGAGCAUUUUCAGUGUGGCUACAAACAUAUAGCUAG